UUUAACAUAUAAUUAUGGGGAAUUGAAGGAGGAAGCAGAAAGCCUGCGAAUUCAAGAAAAACAAUGGAUCAAGGUGAAGCCAAAAGCAACGAGAAUCACUCUUCUUCUUCUUCUUCUUCUUCAGGGGACUCCAAUCCAUGCCCCAUCUGCCUUGGUCCUUUCCUUCAAGAAUCCUAUCUGGACUCUUGUUUCCAUAAAUUUUGUUACAAUUGCAUUUUGCAAUGGACUAAAGUAGUUGCUGGCAAGCAUUCUCGUUCACCUUCUUCUCUAAAAUGUCCUUUGUGCAAGACAGAAAAUUUUUCAAUAAUUUUUGGAUAUGAUGGAAGUUCAUUCCAAAGGCAGUAUGUAAAUGUAAAUGUAAAUUUUGAGCAUAGUUCUUUCUUUUCAAAAGCUCACAAGUACAGAUUAAAAUGCUAUUAUACUGAACCAGGUAUCUUGAGCAAUAUAGUUAAUGUAUCACGAUAUUGGAAGUCCCAUAAGUAUCUUCAACCAAAUCGGUGGCUGCUAAGUUGGUUGAGAAGAGAAAUUCAGGCCCUUUUGCAGGAAGAGGAUGUUGAAAUUAUUGUACACCAUAUACUUGGUGUGGUUGAUUCAUUUUUGAAAAGGGGCGAUCAGUUUCAUCAAAUGAAAACACCUGAAGCAAAACAAGGAGAGUUCAAGACUCUAGUCUCUAAUGCAGCAAGGCCUUUUCUAGCAGCAAGAACAGAACGUUUCGUGAAUGAGUUGGAAAUGUUUCUUGCUUCAAGUUUCAACAUUCAAGCCUAUGAUGAAGUAUACAUGCAGCAGUUGGGUUGGAACAUUCCCAGGGUGAUUGGUGAGGCUGCAGAUGCAGAACGCGGUGAACAUGAACCUGUCAUCCCAUAUCUGUAUAUUUUUUAUGAUGACUCUGAUGAAGCUGAUUGAGGCUGCAGAAGGAGAACCUAGUGAAUGCACACCCACCUGGAAUCCCAUGUUUGAUAGGUCUUUGAUGAAGCUGAUUGAAAGUUUCAUUUCCAGUUGAGAACUGCAAAGCUUGAAUAUACCUUCAGCUGGUCUUGACUACUUAGGCAACAUUGUUAUUCUAUUUGUUUCUUACCAUGCACCAUCACUGUGAAACUCACAACUUUUCCUCUCAAUUUUGGUUGUAGUUGUACGUGUGAUCCAAUGAGAUCUCUGUUUCUUUCCCUGUUUGAGAACGAGGCCUUCUUCCUUUUUCUUUCAUGUAUAUUGGAAAUUCAUAAAGAAAAUGAGGUUGCAGAGUCAUAUCUGAAA